AUGAUCUCUCACGAAUACGCCAACGUCGAGCAAGUCCUUGAGCUAGUGACUGCAGAAAUGGCGGCCAUUAAGAAACCCAAGGUGCUCUUAUUCGACGUUGGGGGGGUUUGUGUCCUCUCUCCCUUCCAGGCCAUUCUGGAGUAUGAGCUUCAAUUGGGAAUUCCCCCAGGUUGGGUGAAUUAUUCCAUCUCCAAGACUUCUCCCAACGGAUUCUGGCACCGGCUAGAGACGGGAAGCAUCCCGAUGGAUGAAGGCUUCUUUGAAGGAUUUAAAGAGGACCUCCAUAACCAGGACCGAUGGGAAUCCUUUUACAAAGCCCAGCAGGCUAAGAACCCCAGCCUGCCCCGAGAGAUCCCUCCUCUGCCAACGGUCGAUGCGGAUUGGUUAUUCCAUGAGAUGAUUUCCAUCUCCAGAACCCCGGACCCAUGGAUGUAUCCCGCCCUCCAAGCACUCAAGCAGAGCGGCGAAUUCAUCGUUGGAGCCCUCAGUAACACCGUGAUUUUCCCACCCACCCACAAAUCGCACGAAUUCUACAACUCGAACCCGGUCGAAGGCGUCUUUGAUUUCUUCAUUUCCUCGGCGCACGUUGGCCUGAGGAAGCCCGAUCGAAGGGUCUACGAGCUCGCACUCCAGACCGCAAACGAGUACGCUGAAAAGUACCGGGGUACUGAGAGGGCGAAGAGGUUGGGCUGGGAAGGUGGCAUUAAGCCAGAUGAUGUGCUAUUCUUUGACGACAUCGGAGAAAAUCUUAGGGGUGCGAGGCAGUUUGGCUUCGGGACGGUGAAGGUUCAUCUCGGUAGGGCGUUCGAGGCCGUUGAGGAACUUGAGAAGGCAACAGGCCUAAAGCUUGCUGGAGACCAUCCCAAGAUACCCGUGAAGCUGAGGACGGAGGUAGCCAAGGCGAAGAUAUAA